GCAGCAGACUGCCCCUUGUCUCAGACUGCUUUUGGCACGACACCAGAUUUACACAAAUCGAGUUUCCAGCAGCUUCAGGAGGGUCAGUUGUGAGUUAUUCAACAGAAAUGUCUCACAUCCUUCUUCUUCUUCUUCUGACUUUUGAGACUGUGGAAUUAGAAGAGAUAACAGUGAGGUGUGGACAAGAUGUCACUCUUCACUGUCAGGAUCCCAGGGGUGUAAAUAUCACCCUGUUAGAGUGGAGCAUACCUGAGAUUAAGUCAGACGGAUACGUCUUCUUCUACCGAAACCGACGCUCAUAUGAAAGCUACCAGCACGAGCGUUUUAAAGGCCGAGUGGAGCUGAAACACCCGUCUAUGAAAAACGGAGACGUUUCUGUGAUUCUCAAGAACGUCAACGUCAACGAUACAGGAACAUAUGAGUGUCGGAUUAUAACCAGUGAUCUCAGCAGCGGUCAGAGAGUUCAGAGUGAGUCCAGGCAGUCCAUCAACCUCACAGUCAUAGACUCUGGAGAUCCGACUGUAGAAAACAAAGACACGCAUGAUUUAAUUAUCAUUAUUGUUGCAGUUGUAAGUUGUCUUAUUGUUGGCGUUUGUGUUGCAGUAUUUUUCAUCCAAAAAUGGAAAUCAUCAACACACAGCAACUCUUAUGAACAUCCACCUGAAAUGUUAAACAGUUGAUCUGAAAUGUUUGAGACGAUGUGUGAAGCAUUGUUAUUUAGCGAGCAGACAGCAUAAACAGAGCGUCUGUUGACAGCACUCAACUCACAGCAACAAGGGUUCGAUGCACCGCUCCUCUGAUCUCGAGUCACAUUCGGGAGUCAUUUUCUCCCAACAACCAUUAAAAGUAACAUUACAUCAAUACUGUGGCUGCAACAAGCUUUUUAUAGACUUUAAAUCUGUUUAUUUUUCUCCUUUUUUCUUUUAAGUUUAACUUUAUUCUGUGCAUUUUUCUGCAGAGCUUGAUUUUACCGUGAGAACAGCAGGUGAGCGUAGUGGAGCUUUUAGCAGGUAGAGAGGUGGAGGAGACAGACG